GUUCCCAUCCGAUGGAAAGCUGGCAUGCACUAAACCGGGCAAUCAUAUCAUCUGCUGGUAAUUAAAUUUUACGAACGAACGCCCGUCGUGGGUAAUUAAAGAGAGAGAUAGAGAUCGAAUUGGGUGGUCUAGGACAGCUAUAAUCCUAGACCAUCGCCGGCCGGGAAAGAAAAUAUGGCCAAAAUGCCGUUUUUCUUCACGUUGUUUGCCGCAUUCGCCGCCAUGCCGCAGCUGAUAGCAGCGGACGACGACACCGUGUGGGAACAGCGCGCCACCCAAGCGCGGAUAAAUAUUCUCAAAGCUUAUCACCCCAAUCCCGAACAAGUUACUAGGGAAUUCAAUGAAAGAGUUAGCAUGGAAUGGAACGAGACAAUGGGAGAAUUGCAGGUGGCGGAUGGGAUGAGAAGUCCUACUACUAUAGCUAGUAGUAUAUAUAAUAAUAGUUAUAACAAUGGGACGAAGAGAAGGGAGUUGCGGAAGAGAGGGAAGUGGCGGGGGGGACGAUGCCUGGCGACGAACCCGAUGGACAGGUGCUGGAGAUGCGACCGCAACUGGGCCGCCAACCGGAAGAGGCUGGCAGAUUGCGCCAUGGGGUUCGCGAAGGGAACCAGCGGCGGGAAGGCGGGGAGCUACUACGUGGUGACCGACCCGUCCGACAACGACGUUGUGGAGCCCAAGCCCGGCACCCUGCGCCACGCCGUCAUCCAGAAGAGGCCGCUGUGGAUCACCUUCGCCCGGAGCAUGACCAUCAAGCUGGCCCGGGAGCUCAUCAUGCAGAGCGACAAGACCAUCGACGGCCGCGGAGUGUCGGUCCACAUCGCCGGCGGCGCCGGCAUCACCGUCCAGUUCGUCCGGAACGUCAUCAUCCACAACGUCAAGAUCGGCGACAUCGUGCCCACGCCCGGCGGCUGGCUGCGGGACUCCGCGGACCACAAGGGCAUCCGCACCGGGGACGAGGGCGACGGGAUCACCAUCUUCGCCUCCCACCACGUGUGGAUCGACCACGUGUCCAUGUACAACUGCGCCGACGGCAUCAUCGACGCCGUCGCCGGCUCCACCGCCGUCACCAUCUCCAACUCCCACUUCACCGACCACGACAAGGUGCUGCUGUUCGGGGCCAACAACUGGGACCCGGUGGACAAGGUGAUGCAGAUCACCGUCGCCUUCAACCACUUCGGGAAGCGGCUCCACCAGAGGAUGCCCCGCUGCCGGUGGGGCCUCUUCCACAUCGUCAACAACGACUACACCCACUGGGUCAUGUACGCCGUCGGCGGCUCCGCUGGCGCCACCAUCGUCAGCCAGGGCAACCGCUACAUUGCGCAGCCGGGCGUCAACCCCUUCAAGGAGGUCACCCACCGGGACUGCCCCGACGCUUCCUGGAAGUCCUGGACCUGGGUCUCUUCCGGCGACGUUUUCAUGAACGGCGCUUUCUUCACCCAAUCCGGGGACCUUCAAGGGGCGCAAAAGUACGGCCACCGCGACCUCGUCACCGCUCUAUCUGGGAGCACCGUCGGUCUCAUCACCCGAUUUGCCGGUCAUCUUUACUGCUCACCUUCAACACCUUGCUAAUAAACAUAUACUACGUAUAUAUAUAUGCUCCCCAGUCCCCACCUACAUGCUACUCCCCCACUUUUAUUGGUCAACAUCAUAACGUUUAACCAAUAACAUAUUUUAAUAUGAGUAUUCCUUAUUGAAAAAAUCUUUUGUAAAAUAUAAAAUUUUUAUACUAUACACACAAAUAUAAUAUGUAGGAUGGUUGUCUAAAUUUUAACGAUUAAGAAAAGUCAAAUUAGUCAAUUUUUUUGGAACGAACAUAGUAUAAAAUUGCAUGUGGGGAUAUUCUUACGACUACCAGUUUUCACCCAUGGGCAGCUUUAUGUUGUUGUAUCAAGAGUCACGAGUCCAGCUGAUUUGAAGUUUUUGAUUUUUGAUUUGUGACGAUAAUGGUAGACCGACAAAUUCCACAUUAAAUGUUGUAUACAAAGAGGUCUUUAUUAUGGUAGAUUCUACGGUACCCCAAAUGUACCGUACCUUUGUCCAAAUGGACCAAUAAGAAUGAUGCAGUUGAAUUAUUUAAAUCUAAAUUAAAAAACAUAUAAUGAUUUGG